AUGCCGCCCAGAUUAGAGGCGCUGCGGCGCCUCGGAACCGUCAAGCUCUGCCUGCGGCCCGGGGCCCGUCAUGCGCCGCCCAGCUUCACGCCCCUCGCGCAGACAGCCAGCCUCUCGCUGAAGGAGAAGAAGAGGAUGGCCAAGCAGGACCCCUACCGGUGGGCACAGGCGCAGCAGCGCAAGACGGCCAACCUGAAGCGGCGCGAGGAGCUGGACAAGGAGCGGGCCGAGUCCCAGGGCGACCCGGUCAUGGGCAAGCCGACGCCCUUUGUAGAGUCGCUCGACUUGGCCGGCCAGCCGCGUGACAUGCCGACAUCCGCCGCCGGCCUGCGCAACCACUACCUCACCGACGCCGAGCUCGAGGACGUUGCCAAGCACGCCUACACCCUGACCAAGCCCGUUUCCAGCGUAGUCGCGGCGCAGGUCGAUCCCGCAAUGGAGGCGAAGAUGCAGGCCCACGACAGGAACCACGAAAAGGCGGUCGACGCCAUGCGGCGGAUCACGUCCCUGGAAAACAGCAGCGCCCGCGACCGCUUCCACGCCAACGUGCGACGAAUCGUCGACGAGUUUGGCCGCCACAAGACGGACAAGCGCUCGGGCCCGGACACGGGGAGCUCCGAAGUGCAGAUCGCCAUCCUCACGUCCAAGAUCAGAGCCUUGAGCCAGGCCCUGGAGACCAACCGCGGCUACAAGGACAAGCACAACAAGAGAAACCUGAGGGUGCUCGUGCAUCGACGCCAGAAGCUGCUCCGGUACAUGGAGCGAAAAGAGAGGGGAAGCGAGAGGUGGACACACAUGAUUGAGAAGCUGGGCCUCACGCCGGCUACGUGGAAGGGUGAAAUCACACUGUAG